AUGACUCCUGCCUCUCUUCCUCCUGAACUGCGUGACCCUAACAAAUGUGAUCUGCGCACUGAAGCCGAAUUUAUCAUUGCAGCUGCCCGUCAGCGCCAUGGAGGUCCUCUUCCAGUUGCCCAGCUCAAGAGCCUGCAUGCCAUGAUCACCUACGCUCUGGCGAGUAUCGCACCAACUGCUGCGAUACUCUCAUUAGCGUACACCAAUUCUUCUUCGUCUGGGUUCUCUCCAAUCGCAUCUAAUGGAUCGGCGCGUCCUGUGAUGCGGUCUCUGACGUUGGGUCCUGCACAAAAGCAGUCAGGAAUUACAAAUGCUUCUACUGGUCUGGAUGGCCUAUCAGGGCCCACUCCUGUUGCUGGUUCGCCUCCUUCAGCGCCAUUUGGACAGCAGGCGUUGCAUCAGCAUCUAAUUCCGCCCGCCUUUGUAGAGCUAGACAUGGCUCCAGAGGGUUUCGGCUGUCUUUUUUUGCCAUCUAUUGCACCACAGGGCCCCUUUUCCAUCUAUCAUUUAGCCAGUGCUGGUUCCAUGGUCUCCGCUGGUCCUUCUCAGACAGUGGAUAAUAACGCCGCCGGGGGUAUCGGUUCAGGUUGGUUCACCUCAAUUAUAUCCCGAAAGAGUUGA